AUGGAGACUGCUAAAUUGGGGGAAAAGAUUGUGGGUAAUUUUGCCACUUAUGAGUCUCCUGUUCUUGGUGUUGCUAAUGUUGAUUCUCUUAAACAGUUGAGGCGGUCUCGUCCCAAGAAGGCUCGUCCUCAGGUUGAUUUAUUUUGGUGUUUUUUUGUGUUCCUUAAUAUGGAUGAUGAUAAUACUACUACUACUUCUACGGAACGUGAUGAUGGAUAUAAUGAAUACAUCACUCCGCAACGAAAGAGAAAGAAGAGGUCUAAAAUUUGGAGAGAGCUUAUUGAAGGGAAGAAUGUUCAAGGUGAGAGAACUGUUACAUGUGUACAUUGUAAUUCUAUUUUAUCUAUACAUCGUGAUAGUGGUACAUCUCAUUUGAAGCGUCAUUUAGAGAGUUGUGCAAAUAGGCCUCUAGGACUUACAUUUGAGGAAGAUAGUGAUGAAGAAAAUAUUUUUUUUGACAUGAAUGAACUUCGAAAAGAGAUUCUUAAUUUCAAUGUUGAGGGAGGUCAUUCAUUCACUAUGGUUGAAGAACAAGGAUUUAGGAGAAUGAUGAAAAGAGCUACCCCUAAGUUUAAACCAUUUGGCCGUGCAACCACAAAGAGAGAUUUAUUGAAGGCUUAUGUAUUGGAGAGGGAUAAAUUGAAAGAUUUGUUGUCUAAUGUUUCGGAUGAUAGGAUACUCUCUAUCACUGUUGAUAAUGCAACUUAUAAUGAUGCAAUGAUAUCUUGUUUGAAGAGACGUCUUGUUCCUAGAGGAGGGUUAAGUUGUGGUGAGACAUUGUUUCAUGUGCGGUGUUGUGCCCAUAUUAUUAAUCUUAUUGUGCAAAAAGGAUUGACUUGUAUUAGUGGAAUUUUGGAUAAAAUUCGUUCAUUUAUAAAGUUGAUCAUCAAAUCUUCUCAUAGAAGUGAAGAAUUCUAUGAUUGUGUAGAGAAGAUAUUUCACCUUAAUGUAAAAAGGAAAUUGAACCUUGAUAUGCAUGUUCGUUGGAAUUCCACGUAUAAAAUGCUUGGCACUUAUCUUUACUUCAAAGAUGCUUUUCUUCACUUGAUAUCUAGUCAUGCUUCAUUUCAAUCAUAUAUUCCUUUAGAGGAUGAGUGGGAAAAAGUAAGCGUGAUUCACAAUUUAUUGGAGUUGUUUUAUGAGGUUACUUGUAUGUUUUCGGCAGUGAAUUAUCCUACUUCUAAUGUGUAUUUUAAAGGUGCAUGGAUGGUGCAUCGCCAUUUGCUUGAGGCAUAG